AUGCCGGGUCAAGAAACUGCCCCUCGUCUCAGUGUCGAGUUCCCAACUCUUGAUGGCCUCAAACUUCGGGGAUUGCUCUUUCCGGCACGGAAUUAUGGCCCAGCAGUCAUCAUCACACCUGGGUUCAACUGUGUCAAAGAGAUGUUCGUCCCAGAAAUAGCCGAGUCGUUCCAGAAGGCCAAUGUGACUGCCUUGGUCUACGAUCCACGCACGCUGGGCGAGAGUGACGGUCUCCCCCGCAACAACAUAGAUCCCCUAGCCCAAGCUUCGGACUACUCGGAUGCGCUCACAUUCCUAAAGACACAACCUAUCGUUGACCCAACAAAUAUCUCAUUCUGGGGGAUGUCAUUCUCUGCUCUCGUGGCUCUCAACGCCGCAGCCUUGGACAAGCGGGCCAGGUGCUGCAUCGCCGUUUGCCCGUUGACUGGCAUGCAGCCCGAGCCAGCCAUGCUUCCCAAGGUUCUUUCCAAAUGUAUGCAGGACCGUGAAUCACAAUUGGUCGGCAAUUCGCCAGUCACUCUUGCCGUCCUGACACCAGACGGACGGAAUCCCGCCGGUAUGGGAAUCGGCGCCGACAAAAUGGAAUACGACUACAUGGUAAACGCCAAGUUCAGAGGAGCACCUAACUACGAAAAUCGAACAACUCUACAGAGUUACUAUAAGAUGAUGGCUUGGCAGCCCUUUGAGAUCAUGAAAUAUUUGUCGAAGACAAGGGUCCUUAUGAUCAUCCCAGAAAAGGAUACGAUUUCGCCCGCCGAGAAGCAGCAAGCGUUGUUUGAUAGCUUGCCGGAGCCAAAGACUGCCCACAUGGCGAAAGGGAAGGGUCAUCUUGACGUUCUAAGCGGAGCUGACUAUGAAGCUUUGGCCGAUAUGCAAGCAAGCUUUGUUAUGGUCCCACGAUCAAAAUAG